GGUCAGAAUUUUGUAUGCGCGUGGAUGGUAUGAUUUUUUUUUGGCAGAAAAAAAACAAAAAAAAAUCAACUUUUUCGAAAAAAUGGUUUUAUAUUUUACAAGCGACGUUGUUUCGCCUCCCUAUUUAAUUUAUAUGGGCAACGAUAAAUUCGAAAAUGAAGAAUUACUUAAAUGGGCAUGGCCUGAAGAUGUUUGGUUUCAUGUGGAUAAAGAAUCAUCUGCACAUGUUUAUUUACGUUUAAAAACGGGUGAAACAUUGGAUGAUAUUCCAUCAACAGUUUUGGAUGAUUGUGCUCAAUUGGUCAAAGCAAAUAGUAUAAAAGGAAAUAAAAUGAGCAAUUUAAAUAUUGUUUAUACAUUAUGGACAAAUUUAAAAAAAACUGCUGAUAUGGAAGUUGGUCAAGUUGGUUAUCAUGAUCAUAAACAAGUUAGAUCGAUUGUUGUUGAAAAACGAAUCAAUGAUAUUGUUAAUAGGCUAAACAAAACAAAGGUGAUCAAAAAUAAUGUUGAUCUUCGACAACAACGUGAAGAAAGAGAUCGUAAAGAACGAAACAAAGAAAAAGAUAUUCAACGAGAAAUACGAUUAAAAGAAAAAGAAGAAGCCAAACGUCGUGAAGAAGCUGCCAAACUUCGUAGUUAUGAUUAUGUUAUGAAAACGGAAAAUAUGUCAACUAAUGAGACUGGUUACGAUUCCGAUGAUUUCAUGUGAGAUUUAUGGAUUUGAUUAUGUUUUUUUUAUUAUUUAAAUUUGAUAAUUUGAUGAAUAAAUCAAUCGAAUGCAAUCAAA